AUGGCGCCUUUACGCUCAACCCUCUUUGCAGCCAGCAUCGCCUUGCUUGCACUCUUCCAGCCGAUCCAGGCUCAGAAUUCUACGAAUUCUACAGGAGAUGGUGGUGAUCCAGUGCUUGAUGCAUUCUUCAUCCAAGAUUCCAAUGUUGGGGGGCCAGCCUCGACUCGCAGCAACUGGCUGGUUGUGCUCAUGGAAUGUGUGGGCUCGAACAUUGACACAGGCCUCUGUGGUAAUCAUCUCUGGAUAGUCACAUACGGUCCCAGAACAUGGGUUUACGACGACUCCAACGGGAAUAUCGCCUUGACAGCAAAAUGCUCUCUUGCACAAAGCACAAGCAGUGUGGUCUGUAGCAUGACGCUGGCUGCGCCCAAAGAGGUUUUCACCAACACAAAUGCAGACGUCAGCGCACUGAUAACUGCCACGGGUGUACCGCUCUCGAGUAAAGUCGUUACGGCAACGGUUAGGCCGACAGACAUGGUCAGCCUUUCCGUCACGAUCACUGGUGGACAAGAAAUACUAGCGGCUGCUGCAACUGCAACUCCAGCUGGGAGCAGUGGCACGAAGAUAAGUCCGCUUUUCAGUGGAUUCAUCGCCAGCUUUCUGUCGCCUACGAUGAUGCUUCUGUAA